GAACUGAGAGAAGAAAGUGUGAGAUUAUCAUGAAGAGAGUGAUGACAAUAAUAUGUGGACUCCUAAGUUGAGAGAAAUUACGCUUAAAACAGGAAAUAUGAGAUAAUUGUUGAGCAGUUCAUGAAAAUCCACUCGUCAUUCACUUAUGGUUAAAGCCUGUUUUAAACAACCUCAUUCUAUAGACCAGUAGGAGAAAGUAAAGGUGCAGUCAGGAAUUACACCCUAUGAGAAAACUGGAAAACAUCCAUACCGAUGGCCACCCCUUUUGUUCCAGUGCCUGUGCCAAUGGAUCGGGCCUUGACGGGUUCCACUAGUAGUAGGCGGCCAAAACGGACAUCGAGUUUGAGCAGUACAUCCAGCAGUUCAGAGUCUUCCUCCACUAAAGGCACAGUAGAAGAUGUAGGUUCAGAAAAGAGAAAUUCAGGUAAUGGCAGUUGCUUCACGCCAUCAUGUCUGAGCCCUAUGACGCGAGCUAGGAUGAACGGGAUUGAGUCCACUGUGGAGUACUCCAGCUGUCCGAGGCCUGAGACGCCACCACACACACCAGGAUGGGAGGAGAGACCUAUAACCCCCACUGUGCUGGGUUAUGAGGUUAUGGAGGAGAGAGCCAAAUUUACGGUGUACAAAAUCCUGGUUAAGAAAACUCAGGAUGAGAGCUGGGUGGUAUUCCGACGAUAUACCGACUUUUCCAGAGUCAAUGACAAGUUAAAGGAUAUGUUUCCUGGGUUUCGUCUCGCUCUUCCACCUAAGCGCUGGUUUAAAGAUAACUACAAUAUAGACUUCCUGGAGGACAGACAGUUGGGCCUGCAAGCUUUCCUACAAAACCUAGUGGCUCACAAAGACAUUGCUAACUGUGUUCCUGUACGAGAGUUCCUCUGUCUGGAUGACCCGCCAGGUCCUUUUGACAGUCUUGAGGAGAGCCGGGCGUUCUGUGAAACUCUGGAGGAGAGCAACUAUCGGCUGCAAAAAGAGCUAUUGGAGAAGCAGAAAGAGAUCAGCUCAUUAAAGAAGCUGCUGGAGAAGAAGGAUCUCCAAAUUUACCAACUAGAAAAGAAGAUCAAUGGUGAGUCUUUAACCCCGGAGAGCUUGUAUGGUCUUUCUGCCCAGGGCAGUGAAAGCAGUGUGGAUGCAGAGUCUUCUACCGCUGAGGCUGAUCAGGAUAUAUCAGAGGAAAAUAUCAGGUGUGAGCAGCAGCCGACACAGAGUUCCGCAGUGUGCUGGUGUGGGCCAGCUAUUAGCAGAUCACCUCCUAUCAUACAGGUCACUCAGGAGGUAAAGGGUCUGAAGUGCUAACGCCGGGGCCAAGCUGACGUGAUUUGGCGCCGUCUGUGAUCGUGCUGUUGUUC